AUGUACUUGGGUCGCUAUUCCAUCGAGAAGAUGAUCGCAUUUGAGGAAUACCAGCGUCUUGCCAGUCCACUUCGAGUGUUCGCCGCCAUCACACUAACCCCACUGCCAGCAUUGGUCAUCGUUCUACUAUCAGCAGCUAUCCCGCUCCAGAGUCCGCUCUUACCCGCCACCGAGAAUCCAGCCUACUUCAUCCAGUCGUGGCUCUCCUUCAGCGUGAUAACCUUUGGCAUGCUGCUCUACAUGCGGUGUGCGCUCGCACUACCGCUAACUGUCUAUUCCCACCAGCAAAGUAUUCUGAUCUCAGUGCUGACAGCGGGUGCGAAUGAGCUGCUCAUGUUUGUGGUAUCGGUGGCGUGGCGCUUCCCGAUUCCGCUGCGAGAUUACCUUGGCGCUCCCUCAUACACGGCAUUUUUCAUCUUUUUCCACAUCCUG